AUGGGCUUGGGAAUACUCCUGCUUUCAUUAUCCGUGUUCUUGGUCUUUGCAUUAUACUUCACUACAAAGAUUUGGGGUUCUCAAGAAAAUCAAGCGGAUCAGAUUCAUGAUACGACCGGGGCAAUCUAUUACAUAGGUCCAAUACACGACCUCAGUAACAAUCCCAAUUGCAUUUACGUUCCAAACUAUUCGAUUGCACAUCCUCCGGCUUAUGGCACAUCUUCGAAAGGUGUCCAGAGUGAAAAUCCCGUGAAAUUUGAACCCGACAAGCCUAUAAGUUCUUACCCUUUAAAAUCGCCAGAGGAAGUCCACGUAACAGAGAAGGAUUGCAACCUAGAACCAAUUAAAGGAGCUUCUCGUGUACUUGAAAACAAAUCCGGAGAAAAUGUGAAUUCUCAACGCAUGCAGACAAAUAUUGAAGGACGAGCAUCGAUUUCAACCCCUCAAUCAGGAGAAUCAAAUCCCACAAAAGCCGACUGCGCCGGCUUAACAACGCUUUCCAAAGCUCACCUCAAAGGUACAAAUGAUAACAUAGCAGUCUCACAGAGGUUUAACAAAUGUGAAGACCAGGAGCCGAAUGAGAAACUUCCAUCUUAUGAUCAACUUUCAAUGAACUCUCAAAGCAUUUCACACACGCGUCUGUCGUUGAAGCAAGACACCGCUUACUUGGGAAGGCAACGUCCAGACUAUCAACCACCAUCAACAGUACGAAAUGUGGUCAAUUUUUAA